CUUCCCAAAUAUGGAAGUCCCGGAAGCGGCUGCCUGGGGCUCAGUUGAGUGACAGCAGGGAGAGCGCCGGGGACGCCAGGACCAGACCUCCAUAGCCGAUCCACAUCUCGCUUUUUCUAAAGAAAACGUGAGAGUAAACCCCGGAUCUAUUGUCAGAGGACCGUUGUCAUGGAAGCACUGGUUGAGCGUCUGGAGCAGGCAGUGAUUCGUCUGGAGGCGGUGGCGGUCAAACUGCAGAACUGUCCUGGGGGUUUGGUCAACGGAGACAUCAGCAGCAUUAUCAACGGAGGUGAAUGUGAAAGCAUGGAGGCGUUCGACCAUUUGCUGAGUGGUUCAGUGUCUGAAUAUUUGAGGACCAGCACAGCUAUUGGUGGAGAUGUGGCAAAGCAUGCAGAGAUGGUGAGCAAUGCCCUGCAGGUUCAGCGUGCUUUCCUCAAAAUGGCCAUGACACACCAGGAGCCAGCAAAGACAGAGAUGGCUGACCUCCUCAGACCCAUCUCCGACCAGAUCCAGGAGGUCCAGAAUUUCCGGGAGAAGAACCGCGGCAGCAGCCUGUUCAACCACCUGUCUGCCGUGAGCGAGAGCAUCCCUGCUCUGGGCUGGGUGGCUGUGUGUCAGAAACCAGGGCCGUAUGUGAAGGAGAUGAACGACGCCGCGAUGUUCUACACAAACAGAGUCCUGAAAGAUUACAAAGACACUGACCCCCGUCAUGUCGAGUGGGUUCGUUCCUAUCUGAGCAUCUGGACUGAACUUCAGACCUACAUAAAAGACCACCACACCACUGGACUUGUCUGGAGCAAGACUGGUCCUGUGGCCCCUCCCUCACUGUCCAGUGCUCCUUCUGACGGUCCUUGCCCUCCUCCUCCUCCACCACCAGGUCCUCCUCCGAUGUUCAUGGAUGACGGCCCCAAACCUGAGGACACAGGAGCCCAACACUCAGCUCUGUUUGCACAGCUCAACCAGGGAGAGGCCAUCACUAAAGGUUUAAAGCAUGUGUCUGACGAGCAGAAGACCCAUAAGAACCCUAACUUGCGCUCUCAGGGAGGGAGGACACAUCAGGGAUCUCCAGCCAAAAGUCAGAACCCCAGCUGUGCACCUGCCAAAAAACAUUCCCCCGUGCUGGAGCUAGAAGGAAAGAAGUGGAGAGUGGAGCACCAGGAGAAGUCUCAUGACCUGGUGAUAGAGGAGACCGAGCUCAGACAGGUGGUUUAUGUCUUUAGCUGUAGCAACUCCACACUCCAGAUCAAAGGCAAAGUCAACUCCAUCAUAGUGGAUAAUUGUAAGAAGCUCGGACUUGUGUUUGACAGUGUGGUUGGCAUCGUUGAGAUCAUCAACUCCAGAGACGUUCAGCUUCAGGUAAUGGGGAAAGUUCCUACUAUUUCCAUUAACAAGACUGAGGGGUGCCAUGUCUACUUAAGCAAGGAUUCACUUAACUGUGAGAUUGUCAGUGCCAAGAGCUCUGAGAUGAACGUCCUUAUUCCUGAGGGAGAAGAUGAUUAUAGGGAGUUUUCAAUCCCAGAGCAGUUUAAAACGGUUUGGGACGGCUCCAGCCUGGUGACAGAGCCCACAAAGAUCGCUGGUUGAUUCCUUUCCCAGCUUGUCACCUCUUUCCUCCUACCCAGAAUUCUUCAUGCACUUUCACUGUGUCACACUGUUAGCUGAGAUGUACACUGUCGUUUAAAAGUUUGGGAUCAGUAUGAUUUUUCAUGGUUUUUUAAAGAAGUCUUUUCUGUUCAUCAAGGCUGUUUUUAUUUAAUUAAAAAUACUUCAAAAUAGAAUUUAUUCCUGUUAUGUAAAUCAUCAUUACUCCAGUUUUCAGUGUCACAUGAUCUUUCAGAAAUCUUUCUAGUAUGCUGAUUUAUUAUAAAUGUUGGAAACAGUUGUGCUGUUGAAUUUUUUUGGAACCUAUUAUAUAUAUAUACAUAUAUAUAUAUAUAUAUAUAUAUAUUUAAGAUUCUUUGAUGAAUAAAAUGUUAAAAAGAACAGCAUUUAUUUACAAUGGAAAUCUUUUCUAACAAUAUACGUUACCAUUUAAAGUUUGGGGUCAGUAAAUUUUUUCUUUUUUUCUUUCUUUGAAAGAAAUUAAUACUUUUUGUAAUACAUUUUUUAUAAUGUUAUACUUGUUACAUUGAUAAAAAGUGAUAUUCCAGACUUAUAUUGUUAGAAAAAAUCUAUUUAGAAUAUAUGCUGUUCCUUUUAACAUUUUAUUCAUCAAAGAAUCCUGAAAAAGUAGGUUUCAAAUAAAUAUUAAGCAGCACAACUGUUUCCAACAUUAAUAAUAAAUCAGCAUAUUAGAAUGAUUUCUGAAGGAUUGUGUGACACUGAAUACUGGAGUAAUGGCUGAUGAAAUCACAGAAAUAAAUUGUAUUUUGAAGUAUAUUAAAAUAGAAAACUGUUAAAUUGCAAUAAUAUUUUUUUUUUGGAUCAAGUAAAUGCAGCCUUGAUGAGCAUAAGAGACUUUAAAAAACAUUAAAAAUCUUACUAAUCCCAAACCUUUGGAUGGCAGUGUAAGAAUUCAUACAUUGUGGUUGUGAGAGUAGAUUUAGGCUCCGAAAAUUCAAAUUUAAAGUAAAAUAUGGACAAACAUGUAUCAUUUUCCUACACUGGUUAUGAAACCUUUAAACCGAUCUCCGGAUAUUUCCCCCCUUAAAUUUAGCAGCAAUAAAAAUACAUAAUUAAAUAAUUAUACAUUUAAAAAUUAUUACACAGGAUGACACCUUUAUGUGCGAAUAUGGGAUUUUUCAGUCAGCAACUCAAAGUACAAAGUAAUAAGUAAUAAAUCAGCAAUUAAAUUUUGAUUAUUUUUUACACUUUUAAAAUCAAUGUAUGGAUUUUUUUGACACGAUAAAAUACUUUGUGUUGACGUCAUAAAUUCUCAUGUUAAAUACAUGCUUCUGUGUAGUAAUCUAAUAAAGAUCAAAUAUUUUUAAUACAUUAUUACUAUAUUUAGCUAUAACUUGUUUUUAUAGGGAAACUAGUCCUUUGUGUUUUUUCCACAUUUGACAUUUAUACAGUUUACAGAUCCCAGUUUCAGAUCAUAACAUUUUUUUCUGCAAAAAAAAAAAAAAUGUUUAUUUGGCAAGGUAAACUUGUAUCUUCAGGCUUUGGACGCAGAAUAUGUGCAAUCAUGAGCAGAGAGAAAAAAACAGUGGAUAUUUUACAAUCAACGCGCUUUGUAUUUUGUGAGUGUGAUAACUGGUUAACUGAAUGAGUGCCUUUGGGGGUAUUUUUAUAAGAUUUUAUAUUAUUUUAAUGUAGUUCAAAACAUUGCUUAAUUUUAUCACUCCGUAUUUAAUUUUUAAUUUCAGACUAUAAAUUUCUGCAAUUACCUUUUGUUAGUCAAAUGCUUCUACAUGUCAUUCAACACCAUCAAGAUAGUAAUGACAUGUGCAGUGUUAUAACAUGAAGUAAAUGGUAAAUCUCAAACUUCACGUCCAACAUUGUUUCCUACAUGUUCUCUUUUUGCACUCACACUUUUACAUCUGCUUGUAAAUUUACAUGCUUCACAUGUUUCUUCAGCAGGAAGGUCUUGAACACUUCAGCUCAUUUUGAAUGUAUGCCAACAUGUGUUAAUAUGUAGCAUUCUCCAGUCCAUAAAAGGGAAUCAUGUUACAUUUGCUUGGUCAGUAAACAGUCCACAUUUAACUAAAUAAUGUAAUGCACAUUUCUAAAUGAUGCUUAAACACAGUAGAACGUGUACGCUGUAUUAAUCACACGCCUUAAAUUGUACUUUACCAAAGUAUUUUCAUGUUACCAUAUCAGUUUAAUCAAAUAAAGUAAUUGUGAACUCGC